CAGUCAUUCAUUUAUCAUUUCGUUUAAUCCUCUCUGUUGUAUUUUGAUCAAAUCCUUUGAAAAUGUCCCAAAGUGUACGUAUCGAGCGCACUAUUGUUUAAUGUCAUAAACGUAUUUUCUCGUUAGUACGUAAUUCUUUUGGACUGCUUUAAGGUUAAGGUUGGAGAGGCACCAUGGACGACUCCAACAAAUACCAGCAGAUGCAAGAUGAAAUGUCUAGGUUCGAAGCGGAGAUUUCCGGCGAGCAUGGUCCCAUCCGGGGGGUGAUCAGCGCAGGCACGUACGGCGCGGUGCAACAGCGACUGGAACGGGCCAUCCCCCCACCGCCGCCGCCGCCCGCAAUGCUGUCGUUCGAACCCAACAUGUCCAACAUGCCCAACAUGUCUAACAUGCCCCACAUGCCGGGCAACAUGAACAUGAUGCCCCGCAUGAUGUUUCCUGCUGUUCCGCCACCUCCACCGCCGCCGACUAUGCCUAACAUGAUGAUACCAGCCUCUGUACAACGUUUAAGGCCCGGCGGCAUGCCCGAGUUCCCGAUGCACUUCCUCCGGCCGGGCAUGCCGGGGCCGCAGCUGGCGCCGCCGCCGCCGCCCAAGCCGCAGCCGGUCGUGCUCUCGGCGGCGCCCAAGCUUUACAAACAGACCAAGGACGAAGGCAAGGAUAAGGAGAAACAUGAGAGCAAGAAGAGGAAACGUUCGCCGACGCCAGCGCGCGCGCCGACGCCUCCGCGCGCCCCCACCCCGCCGCCCGCGCCCGUCGUGCCCGUGCCCGUGCCGGUCGCCGUGCCCGUGCCCGUGCCCGACGCCGCUAUGCCCAAGCCCAAGAAAGAGAAGAAACAUCGGAAGGUGGUCCGCACGGCGGGCGGACAAGUCUGGGAGGACGUGACGUUACUGGACUGGCCCGACGAUGACUUCCGCAUGUUCUGCGGUGACCUCGGCAACGACGUAACCGACGAGCUGCUGACACGAACAUUUAGCAAAUACAGCUCGUUCCAAAGAGCGAAGGUGAUCCGAGACAAGCGCACCAACAAGAGCAAAGGCUUCGGGUUUGUCAGCUUCAAGGACCCCGGAGACUUUAUCAAGGCCAUGAAGGAAAUGGAUGGUCGCUACGUGGGCAGCCGGCCCAUCAAGCUGCGCAAGAGCACGUGGAAGAACCGCGCGCUCGACGUGGUGCGCAAGAAGGAGAAGGAAAAGGCCGCGCUGCUCUCUCUACUCAUGGCCGGCAACAAGAGCUGACAGUGAAUCGGAGCGCUCAAUUUCUAUAGGUUUUCAUUUAUUAAAAUUAAUUUUCACGAGUAUUAGUAAACCAUUCUAUGAGUCCGUCGAUAAUUUCGUGUAGAUAAAUAAAUGUAUAUUACUGUGAGUAUCAGGAUGGCGGGUGUACAUCAACAAAUGGAGCUGCGGUAUACGUCAGGAGUUAGUGCUAGCAAUGUGCCAAAUGUGCGCCAAAAUUGGAGCAAUGUGCUCUUUAAACUCCAGAGAUAUUUAAGAUAUAAAUGAUCUCAGGCUCAUUUCCAGUUCUAGCUAAUGGCUGCCUACUCAAGGGUGAAAGUACUGCCUACGGUUAGUGCUCGCAAUGUGCUUCCACAUGUAUGAAGCACAAUCAAAUUCAGAGAGCGGUUAAAGAGUAAUAUGGAAUUGAAUAAAUAUAUAUAUAUAUAUAUAUAUAUAUAUAUAUAUAUAGACGCCUGCUUAUUUGAAAUAGCAAUGAUAAAGAUAUCGCUAUUUCAUUUGGCACAUUGCUAGCACUAACUCCUGACGUAUACCGCAGCUCCAUUUGUUGAUGUACACCCGCCAUCCUGAUACUCACAUAUUACUGACACUCAGUUUACAAUUCUUUUGUCGAUUGCAAAGAUAGAUAAAACUCCGUAAUAGAUGGAUACAGUCUAAGGAAAAAACGUGCCUCGAAAAUCACGAAAAUUUGAUUCUCGGUCAGAUGGCGCCACUAGUUUUGGCCUACUCUCGUAUAGAGGGCGUUGACUGUUUCGUUUGUUAUUUAUAAUUAACGCAUACCAGUGACAGAACAUGGGUCAAAAUCAUAUAAAAAUAAUUAAUGCAAAUAAAAAAAUCAUUUAUCCAUAUUUAAAUACAUUUUAACGUAUUUUUAUAAAUCUUCAUUUUUAGUUUUAAAGUAUGUCGAUAGAUGGCAGUGAAUUUACAGUGGUUACAAAAUUUACUAUGACAGUACCGCUCUAUCUUAUUCUAUCCUCAUUGGUCGAUUGCAAAUACAUAUUUGCUAAGAUUGGCCCCACAGUCUUUCAUAUACAUAUAUUGUGAUACCUUUUGAAAAGUAUCUUAGUUUAUAAGUUGUGUUUUGGAUGUCAAUUGAUUUCUUUAGUUUAUACUCGUAAUCUACUAUUCUCAUAUACUUACCAUAUUAGUCAUCUGUAGUAAAAUUGCAUAAUGAAUACUGCAUAUUAAGAUUUCAAAAUUGUAUGUAUAAAGUGAACCCUAUGAGUUUGACGAGUUUUCCUAGAUCUAAUAAAUAAGUAUUUUUAAGGA